CGCCGUGCCACAGUUCAUCAGUUCAAAGCAAAGCUUCAAGCAAAUCAAACAACUUCAGUCACAACAACCACAACUAUCCCAACUAAAAAAACCUUAAGCAGAGAAAUGCGUGGAUUCAUUGUUUUGUGUUUGUCCGCCGUGGCCAUUGCCGCGCCACAAGGCUACAACUACAACCCAGCUUCCGCUGGUGCUGGUGCUGGUGCCAUCGCACAUGGAAAUGGCGGUUUCGGUCAGUUCAGUCAGUCCUCUAGCUCUGGUGGCGGUUUCUUCGGCGGCAGCGGUCUUUCCGGUGGUGUUUCCGGUGGUGUUAGCGGUGGACAUGGUGGUUUCUUUGGUCAUGGUGGUGCUGGCGUGCAACAACAGCAAGCUGUGGUGUCCAAACGUUUCUUCAUCCAUACCGCACCUGAAGAUGCCGAAGAGCAAUACCAAGAGAAACACAUCACCGUCGGUGUGCCACGCAAGAACUACAAUGUAGUCUUCAUCAAAUCACCAAACCGUUCGCAAAAGAAGGCCUCCAUCAAGAUCACACCCGCCAUCAACGAAGAGAAGACCGUCAUCUAUGUGCUCAACAAGAAGACCGACGGCACCGAUAUCGACGCUCAAGUCUUGGAGCAGCCCGCUGUUACCACCAAACCCGAAGUGUUCUUCAUCAAGUACAAGACCGCCGAGGAGGCUCAACAUGCCCAACAGGAAAUCCAAGCUCAAUACGAUGCGCUCGGCGGCAGCAGCCAGGUCACCGACGAGGGUGUCGCCCCAGUCAGCUCCGUUAUCGGUUCAUUGGGCGGCGGCGAUGGUGCUGGUGCUCAUGCUGGCGCUGGAGCUGGUGCUGGUGUCGGCAUCGGUGGCGGUAUUGGCGGUGGUAUUGGUGGUGGUAUUGGUGGUGGUGCCAUCGGCGGACAUGCCGGUAACAAUGCAUACUUGCCACCCAAUUUCAAAUAAGCGGAGAUAGUUGUUGUUUGUUGAUAUUUUAGUACUGUUAUUGUUGUUAAAUAUUUUUAUAAUCGCUUUACGCUUUGCGUUGAACCACAAGUGAGACGCAGAGCAUUGUUGUAAUGUUUGUAUUUUUUGCACUUUGCUUCGCACAAACUUUUCGUUUGUCAUG